AGAGCUUCCGGCGCGGCGCAGAGCGGGGCCGGAAGGGGUCGCUCAUUGUUGGCGCCGGAGGAGCCGCGAGGAGGCCGCGGUUGGCGCCCGGCAGCCCCGCGGCCAUAACGACAGCGGCGGCGGCGGCGGCGGCGGCGAAGAUGCCCGAUCGCGACAGCUACAACAACAGCAGCAGCGGGGAUGAGGUCGGGGCCAACGCCGACGACAUCUGCAGGGACUUCCUGCGCAACGUCUGCAAGCGAGGGAAGCGCUGCCGGUUCCGGCACCCGGACAUGAGCGAGGUCACCAACCUGGGCGUGCGCAAGAACGAGUUCAUCUUCUGCCACGACUUCCAGAACAAGGAGUGCGUCCGCCUCAACUGCCGCUUCAUCCACGGCACCAAGGAGGACGAGGACUGCUACAAGAAAACCGGCGAGCUGCCCCCGCGCCUCCGCCAGAAGGUGGCCGCCGGCCUGGGCCUCUCCCCCGCCGAUCUGCCCAACAGCAAGGAGGAGGUUCCCAUCUGCAGGGACUUCUUGAAGGGCGACUGCCAGCGGGGGGCGAAGUGCAAGUUCCAGCACCUGCAGAGGGACUACGAGUACGAGGGCCGGGGGUUGGCGUCCCGCGAGCAGGGCAUCGUCGCCGCCGGGCGGCGCUACGACCCUUACGAUGCCAUUUACGACCCGGAUCGUUACGACGAUCACCACCAUCACCACCACCACCUUCACCACCACCACGAGCCGCCGGUGCUGAAGCGGCGGCGGGGUGGGGGCGGGGUGGGGAGCGGGGAGGGGCUGCACUUCGAGGCUUACGAGUACGGCUUCGGCGGGGCGCGCUCGGUGGAGUACAGGCUGCUGGAGGAGGAGAAUGUGAUGCUGAGGAAGCGAGUGGAGGACCUCAAGAAGCAGGUCAGCAACCUGCUGGCCACCAACGAGGUGCUGCUGGAGCAGAACGCUCAGUUCCGUAACCAGGCCAAGGUGAUGACCCUCAGCUCCACCGCCACGGCCACCGAGCAGACUCUGGCCCCCACCGUGGGCACCGUCACCAACUACAACCACAGCAUCGCCCAAACUCACACCACCCUCAGCAGCCAGGCCCUGCAGCCGCGGCCUGUGUCCACGCAGGACCUGGUGGCGCCCGCAGGGGCUCAGGCUGCUCCUCCUGCCAACGCUGCGCCCCCUAUGAACCCUGAGAUCACUCCGCUCUCGGCCGCUCUGGCUCAAACCAUCGCCCAGGGGAUGGCGCCUCCGGUUUCCAUGGCUCCCGUGGCGGUGUCGGUGGCGCCGGUAGCCGUUUCCAUGGCGCAGCCGCUAGGGGGCAUCACCAUGAGCCAUGCCACCACCCCCAUGGUCACCUACCCCAUCGCCUCCCAGAGCAUGAGGAUCACAGCCAUGCCCCACUGACGUCUCCACGCCCCCAACCCCCACCCACUGCCAAACUGAGCCUCUGGGGGAUGCGGUAGGAGGACGAAGAGGAGGAGGAGGAGGAUGGGAUGGACCCUCCCCAGCCCGAGGCGGGGCGGGGGGGGGUCUUGCUUGGAGCAAGGAGAAGGGUGGGUAUCAACCCCACUCAGGACUUGAUGCCUCAGCCUGGCACCUGCCCCACGGUGGGGAGCUGCCGGUAAAACCUCCCGGGGCUGGGGGGUGCUGGGGAUGCUCCUGCUUACGGACGCGGCCUCCCCCCCCCCACCCCGUUCCCCCGGCGACUUUGUGUCGGGCCGGGGCCAUGUCCCGGGUGUGUGCUGUGGGGAGGGGGAGGGCAGCGCCGGGGCCGCGGCUCCCCCGAGCCCUGUAACGUUUUCAGCUAUUAAAAAGCCAGAAAAGUC